AUGCCUCCAAAGAGGAAAAAAGAUGUUGCCGUAAAGAUUGAAGAUGUUGGGAUGGAAGUUGAUGCUCAGGUAGACAGUGGAAGUGAAGAUGAGGCCAGAAGACGAAUGAAAAACAGAAAAGCCAAACCACAGCGCAAAGCCAAAAGGGUCAGUGAUGACGAAGAAGAUGAAGAAGACGAGGACGAGGCACCGAGGAGAAAAGGACGAAAGAAGAAAGCCAAACCACAAGACAGCGAUGAAGACGAUGAGGAAGAUAAGCGUAGUGUGAAAAGCAAAGGGUCCAAAGCUUCCAGGAGGAAAGCUGCCAAGGAGGAGAGUAGCGAGGAGAGUGAUGAAGACCAAGGGAAGAAGAGAAAAGGAGGAAAAAAUGUUUCCAAAAAGGAAAAAGAGGAACACAGCAAGGAAAAAGGCAACGGGAAAGGGAAAGGUGGUCAGAAUAAAGCAGGGGAGAAGGACAAGAAAAAGAAGAAUGGGAAGUUCAGCAGCUCCUCUUCUUCGUCUGACUCUGACGAAGAUUCCCUGUCGGAGGGAGAGAUCGCUGCUUUGAAAGAGCAGGUAGAGGAGAAGAAGAAACUGAUGGCUACGCUGAGGAACAAACCCUGGCGAAUGAAGAGGAGACUUGUGCUUCUCAAGGAGUCCCAGGAGUUUGUUGAAAAGUUUGAAGGGGCUCUUGGGAAAGGAAAAGGCAAAAAACUGUAUGCAUUCAAGGUCAUGAUGACCAAGAAACUGAUCAAGUUUAAACGUGACUUUGAGAACUUCAAAACAGCGUGCAUACCCUGGGAGAGGAAGAUCAAGGAAGUGGAAAGUCACUUUGGAUCGUCUGUGGCGUCCUACUUCAUUUUUCUGCGGUGGAUGUACGGUCUGAAUCUGGUUCUGUUUGGGUUCAUGUUUGGCCUGGUGGUGCUUCCAGAGGCUCUCAUGGGUCUUCCUUAUGGGUCAAUCCCCAGGAAAACUGUUCCCCGACCUGAACAGGACACAGCCAUGGACUUCUCAGUGCUAUUUGACUUUAAUGGAUACUGCAAGUACUCCUUUCUGUUCUACGGUUACUACGACAGCGAGCGGCAGAUCGGCCUGCUGAAGUUCAGACUCCCUCUGUCAUACCUGCUUGUGGGCGUCGGGAUUUUUGGAUACAGCCUGAUGGUUGUCAUCCGAACGAUGGCUCGUAACUCGAACGAAGGGGGGGACGGGGCGGAGGAGGGGGAGUUCACCUUCAGCUGGAAGAUGUUCACCAGCUGGGACUACCUGAUAGGAAACCCAGAGACUGCAGACAAUAAGUAUGCCUCCAUUACAACCAGCUUCAAGGAAUCUAUUGUGGAUGAGCAGGAGAACCAGAAAGAUGAGAACAUCCAUCUUCGACGUUUCCUCAGGGUCCUGGCCAACUUCAUGAUCCUGUGCUGCCUGGGCGGCAGCGGGUAUCUCAUCUACUACGUGGUGAAACGCUCUCAGGAGUUUGCUGAGAUGGAGAAUGAUGAGCUCUCAUGGUUUGAAAAGAAUGAGGUGGAGUUUGUGAUGUCUUUGCUGGGACUGGUGUGUCCUCCUCUGUUUGAAACCAUUGCAGAGUUAGAAGAUUAUCAUCCUCGUAUUGCCCUCAAGUGGCAGCUGGGCCGCAUCUUCGCCCUCUUCCUUGGAAACCUUUACACCUUCCUUUUCGCUCUGUUUGAUGAAGUGACUGCUAAGCUCGAGAGAGAGAAGUCCAUCAAGAAUGCCACUGAGUGGGCUUUGAGUCAGUACUAUUCCAACUACAGCUCCUUCUACAACACUACAGACGUGCCUCCUCCCAAUGUGCACCCAGCUGAUGUUGUAAGAGGACCGUGCUGGGAAACUGGAGUGGGAAUAGAGUUUGUGAAGUUGAUUGUAUCUGAUGUGCAGGUGUCCUAUCUGACCAUCCUCAUAGGGGACUUUGUGCGAGCUGUGGUCGUCCGCUUCCUCAACUACUGCUGGUGCUGGGACCUGGAGGCUGGAUUUCCGUCUUAUGGAGAGUUUGACAUCAGUGGAAACGUGCUUGGGCUGGUCUUCAAUCAAGGAAUGAUAUGGAUGGGAGCAUUUUACGCUCCAGGGCUCGUGGGUCUGAACGUGCUGCGUCUCCUGACCUCCAUGUACUACCAGUGCUGGGCCGUGAUGGCCUGCAACGUUCCUCAUGAGCGGGUUUUCAAGGCCUCGCGCUCCAACAACUUCUACAUGGGCCUGCUGCUGCUUGUGCUCUUCCUGAGCUUGCUUCCCGUCGUCUACACCAUCAUGACCCUGCCCCCGUCCUUUGACUGCGGACCAUUCAGUGGUCAGGAGAAAAUGUAUGACGUGGUUAUGGAGACGAUUGAACAGGAUCUACCAGCUUUCAUAGGAAAUAUUUUCACUUAUGCCACCAACCCCGGACUCAUCAUGCCCGCUGUCCUCCUCAUGGUGUUGGCACUGUACUACUUGAACGCAGUAUCAAAGGGAUACCAGCAGGCAAACACGGAUCUUAAAAAGAAGAUGCAAAUGGCUCGAGACGAGGAGAAGAACCGCAGGAACAACAAAGACAGCACUAAUCAAGUGAUGAAAGACUUGGAGGACUUGUUGCCAAACAAGUCUUUGAUACCGCCUCCCGCCGAGGAGGAGCCGCCCCCACCUGAUGUCAUAGUGGAGAAGUCCAGCAAGUCCACCAAAGCCAAGCCGGGGUCAGCAGGGAGAGGGGUCAAUCUGCAGAAGGAGGUGUCACUGGCUGCUCCUAAUCCCAGAGGGCCAGUGACCCGUGCGCCGGGGCCGAGAGGGGGGCCUCCGGGGAACACAAGGGGGCCGCCCCCAGGGCCUGGCCGUGGCAGGGGUCGAGGUGCAUCUCCAAGAAGAUAA